UUAAGACCUCACGUAUCUCCAAAGCUGAUGUAUGGGUGACUUGAGUGAGGCAUUCGGACGUCAGUCAUCUUUAUAUGGGCGCAUUCUUCAGUGACCACCCCAAUGAGCAGUAGGGGGAGCUAAUUAGCAAACGAUGUAGAAGAAAUAGUAGUAGCUCCCCGAGUCUGCUGGUUUGCAAAGCCGCGAAAGAGCUGCAGCAUCCUCCCCCACCUCCCACCAAUACUACCAUGCACACUGCACAAACGUACACAAUUUCACCAGCAGCACCACGUUCUGCAGAACUGGAACUGUCAUCUUCCGCAAGGCAGGCGAGCUCGAGACUUCACGAGCUCCGCUUAGUACAGCUCAUUAGAUAGAGAGGCUCUGUUUGCUGGCUGUCUUUUCUUGUAUUAACUUAGCCAGUCGUGCGCUCAGCAAUACUCUGUUUUAAGACGUUGCCAAUAAAUUGUAAGAUGCAGUCUAAAGCGUUGGUAACCAGCAAAGUGCGCAUAGUAUUGUAGGACAGGUUGAUUGCCAGCGCGCACAGCUCACAGUACAAGUGCUUUUUAGUAAUCUUAAUGCUAUACUCAGCCUGAAAGACAAGGUCGCCACUUGGAGAAACCAGAAAAGCGUUUGGACUUGUGAAUCGGUGCGUGAGCUGUGACAUACCGCCUAGGAUCUCAUACCAAGUAUCUGGGUCUGGAAUCCAUGACUCACAAGUAAAAUCUUCAUCGUUUGUUUACAUUGCAGAUUGCACCAAAGGGAUUAUCACUCAAAUAUCCAGACUAGAGAGGUAGUGAGGACUUGGCGGCUGAUCGGUACAAGACCAGGGCUAUUUACUGCCAUUGCCUACAGGCUAUGCCCCAAGGGGGGGAGCCUGAGUACUCGCUAAGGCUAAUACCUAGGACACCAUUUGAUUUAAUUAGCUAGAGAAACUGCCCUUGUACAAUUGCAGUUCAGCAUCUGCACCACUAUGAUGUCUGUAGUUAACACCGAGGUGUGACCGAUCCGUUUGAAGCCGGAUCUGGGAGGGAACUGACAGCAAACAACUAGUAAGGGACCAAAUCCAGGAAGGGCACUGACUAGUUAUCACACGGCACAGAUAGUGCUAGAUUCCACGCAGAAUAAGGUUUCUUCGGGAUUACUUUAUGCAAAAGGUGCGAUUAAAAGAGAUCCAUUAUCCAGAACCAUACAGUAUACAAAAGGAAAACGAAUUUAAGAAUUUGUUGGUUUUUGCGUCGUUGUUUGCUUAAUACUUACCCUGUUGUCUUUAAGCGUUCACGUCAAAUUUAAUUAUUCUUUGACAUUCACUGUUCCAAAAUACUCCUGAGCUUUUUUUAUUUAAGAAAAUUGUUUAAUUUUGCUUGCAAGACUAUCUCUACGUGUUCUCCAACCACUUUGUGCAAAAAUCUCGUUAACAAGAUCAGUGCUUUAUUUUGUGGUCUGCUGUAAAAACAGAAAUUAUCGGGAUGUCCAGAGACAACGUGUUACAUAUCCCGGACGACCAGGAUUUCAGCACAUUUAAAAGAGAGUGCAACUCGGAAGAGGGCUGGGUUAUGACAUACUGCAAGUCAGGGACCACUGUCUGGGUUCAAAUCCUAGAAGAGGAACGCUCUCUGCAUAAGAUCAAGUGCAGGAUUGAGUGUAAGGAUAUCACCGCAGACAUUGUGUAUGAUGUUCUCCAUGACAUUGAAUACCGGAAGAAAUGGGACAGUAAUGUUAUUGAAACGUUUGACAUCGGGAAACUGACGGUUAAUGCAGAUGUUGGUUAUUAUGCAUGGAAGUGCCCCAAACCUCUUAAGAACAGAGAUGUCAUCACUUUGCGUUCCUGGUUACCGAUGGGAAAUGAUUAUAUCAUCAUGAACUACUCUGUGAAACAUCCGAAAUACCCACCGAAGAAGGAUUUGGUCAGGGCUGUGUCCAUUCAAACUGGCUAUCUGAUACAGGGUAAUGGAGCCAAUACAUGUACACUUACCUACCUGGCUCAGGUGGAUCCCAGAGGGUCCUUGCCAAAAUGGGUUGUGAACAAAUCCUCUCAGUUAUUGGCUCCCAAAGCCAUGAAGAGGAUGUACAAGGCUUGCUUGAAGUAUCCAGGAUGGAAACAAAGGCACAAUCCACUCCGUAAACCAUGGUUGUAUCCAGAACAAAGUACACUACCUUCUCUUUCACUUUCUGAGCUCUCAAUUCAGCAUGCUGAUUCCCUAGAGAACAUUGACGAGAGUGGCCUUGCAGAAUCCAAGGAUGACCGAGGUGAAGGGAGUGAUGACGACAGUGUGAACUAGGCGAUAGGGCAUUUGUCUGGCUUGUCAGCCAGGGCUGAACUUUUAAAGUGACAGCAUCCAUUUUUAAAGACCCUCCUAUUAGAUCAUGCGUUGAUAAAUUUACUGUUGUGUUUCACUACUCCCAUGAGGUGUUGAUGUUUCCAGGUUCUUGCUGCUUCCCUUCUGUCAUGUUAUUUUGUUUGCCUUUGUAUUAGUACAGCUAUAUUUGUUACAAAACAAAUCUGAGUAUCAUCUGUACCAGAGCUGCUGAAAUGAAUCAAGCCUGUGAGUGCUACUGUUGCAGGACUCUUUCUUUGUCAGUAUCUAUCAGUAGGCAAUUGUAUGGUGUUAUUUAUUUUCAAAAAUAGUGCUUAGGAUGUGGUCAGUGCACAGUGUCCUGCAGGUAUAAGCAUGUAUAAACAUUUUACUUCAUGGAGGAAAAUCUUAAUUCCAGCUCAGUACAUUACUGUGUACUGUAGACCCUUCUAGGUAUUUGUCCAUUCUAAAGGCUACUAAUAGCCUUUCAGCUAUGAAUCUUUUUUUGUUUGUUUGCAUAAACAAAUAGAGAUUGUGCUCUAUGACAGAAGCAAGAAAUGAGUUUUGGACCUCUUCUUUUGCUAUCAAAGUAGCUGCUGUGUUAUUCACUAAUGCUCAGAAAUAAACUGAUUUUGCAGGGGAAGAGAGGAAUGCACAAUUUUUUUUACCUGAUUUUACAGGACUUAAAAGAUUUGUACUUUUUCCAUUUUGGUUAACAACAUACAUCAGAAAUGGUGGAAGUGAAGAGGCGCGAUGCUAGGGACAAAUACGUAUGUAAAAAAAAUGGGUUGUGCUUACGUGCAUUGUCUCAAGGCAGUUGGAAGAGUAGUAGUGAAUAAUACAUUGUCAUGCCCUGCUUCACUGCACUUGUGUAACUGGCUGUCGUUUGUGUAACCUAUAACUUCUGUUUGCCUAGUUUUCAUGUGCUGGGGGACUUGCACGUCCGAUCUUACGAAGAAAGUACCAGUCUGCGGCAGUUCAUUCUUUAGUAACACGUUUUAUCUUUCAAAUGGGAAUAAUUACUCUGACAGCAAUGUAAAUGGUGGAUGCCUAACCCCGCCCUCACCACACCCACAGAAAUGUGUACGAUAGGAUCUGUAAUAUUAUCCUAGUAUACGGUACUGUUCUGCACAUUUUCUUACAGCACAAACAUUCUGCUCCUUGUAUGCAUAAGGUCCAUAGUGAAGAAACAUCAAAUUAUACUGGGGGGGGGGGGGACCACUUGCACUAGCUUUACUUAAUUGUUAUUCAGAGUUCAUAUCUCCAAGUAGCAAGUAGUGUGGACUGUUCAUUCUUUAAAUCUCCCUUGAAGGCUGUCUUAAAAACAAAAAGCUAUAAUUGAAUCACCCCACGUUUUUGAUUUGAGUGUUUUGUGACUCUUUCUAUAUAGAAAUGGCACUGUACGUUUAGUUUGUGACAUUAAAGUAUACUAAAAUAUUAUGUGUGAGGAAGGUUAUGGACAAGAAUGCUGUAGACUGAGAUGCAACGAGUGUUUACAAUGAUUAAGAAGAGUAAGAUACAACAAACAGGCUUAUUUCAUUGAAGGUAGCUUUUGUUCUGUGGUGUUUUGUAACCUGGCUUUAAAAAGGCUCAGGUGUCUCAGUUCUGCUGUCCUUUAUGGAGAUGGAAGACUUCUUGGAGAAUGGAAUAUGUUUAUUUGAAAGAAGCAGAAGUCCAAAAUGAAGAGAAACUGGCCACAAAACCAACCCAAAGGCAGCAGAAUAGAUCCAAACACAGCUCUUUUGUAAACCAACAGAAAGGCAGCAGGAUAAAUCCAAACAUAGCUUUAUUCCAAAAAGAAACUAGAUUAGCGCUUUUGCUGUAAUAUUUUAAAACUUCAUCAGCUGUUUUUCAUCUGUAGUUAAUGUAGAAAGUAGAUAGGCAGUAUACUGGCAUUCAGUCAGUUGUGCUUCGGUCAGUUUAAUGUCAUUUUGGGAAUUUCAUGAGAGAGACGCAGAUUUUUUGCAUUCAUGAGGUCACAGGAUUGCAGCUGUAGGGGAUUACUAGAAGAACUGCUUUCCUAUUUAUGGAGAAUUAUUGCUGUGCCAGUCCCACAGAGCUCAGUGGUCUUCUUCUCCUGCUACACCUGUGCUUUUGUAGUGUGUAUGUAAAAGGUGGUAAUUAUUAACUCCAGCAUGAAGUGGCAUUAAACAAGAGCAUAGGGCUGUAUCCUUUGCUAUGAUACAAUGCAUUCUAUUGGAAGACUAAAGGGGAGGACAUCAGACCAAAGAUUUUACAGCCAUAUUGUGACUCUCUUCCUCCAACGCAGUGACCACAGUACUCUGACACACAAUAAUCCCUUUGCAACUAUCCCACUGGGUUUCAAUCCAUGCAAGUAUGGCAUUGAUAUACUGAAAAAUACCCUCCUGAUGUGAUAUUACUUUCCAAAAAUUGUUUUGAACAUUCCAUCUUUAAGGUGCCACACUGACUUUAUACUAUUAUUUAUGAUGGGUCAGAUGCAUUAAUCAAAGAUGCUCUGAAACAUUUGUCUUAGAAACUUGCUGUAGAUGUUCAGAUUUUCAGUGCACGAUUUAGCUUUCCUUCAUGGCUUUCAAGGAGUACAUAGAAAUGUGCCCUCAUUUAGUGCUGAAGUUCUUCUGGUAUAUAUUGAUUUGGUGAAUCUCUGUUUUCCCUUUUUUCAUCUCUUCUUUAUUUUUGUUAUGAAGCACAGAACUAGCUGCAGUAUUUACCUGUCUGAGGACUGAAAAUGUUUAAGUUACUCAUCACUAACGCCAACAUGCAAACACAGUGCUGUGAGGCUUCCUUUCAUGUCAUUUGAAAAGGGAUAUCAAGAGUGCAUGUAACAGACUCUAUCAGUGCAUAAACCUUGUAGCCUAUAAAUAUAUCUAAUGGUCACAGUGUCAUUAUAUCCCUCCUCCACAUACAAUAUCCCUGUUGUAAAAUGCUAGGUACCUCUGACUUUUCCUCAUGGAUUAAGUAAUUUGGGUCUUUAAAGGACGUUAAUGCUUCUGUAUCAACUAAUUGGACUCUGCUUUGAUUGUUGGCUAGGGUACUUUUUGUGUUAUGUUUGCACGCUUUUCCUGUUUUCAUCUGAAUUUUUCUGAAAUCUACAGCUUCUUUCCAUACUCCAAUUAUUUGGUUGAUGAAGCUACAUUUUUUUGUAGCUGUCAAUGUGGGGUGCACAUAUAGGCUUGUGCCACCUGACAGACUGGUUUCCCAUCCAGUACUGGUCUUUUACAUUAGUUGAGUGCCAAGACAGACUUCACCUCCCCAAAAUCUGAACUGGAUGAAAGCCUGUUUAGAAUUUUAAUGGUUGGGCCCUUAUAGGAACUGAAAGCCUUCUGUGAGGCAGUGCCGUACCACUUAAAAUGCAGUAACAUUUGAAUGACUGUACUUGAAACAACCAGAGAGUCAGAGUCUGGGCUAAAAUAAUAAAACCUCACAUCUAAAUUGUAAAUACUAUGAUUGAUAGAGUUGAAAGAAUGCCUGUCAUAUGCUCUACACCAGUUAUGGCUGCUACUGUAAUUCCCCUUUGGGUUGCCCUUUCAGUGUUAGUAUUAUUUAAUUAAUUUUACUGUCUCUAUUCUGCAGUACUAUAUCUUUUGUCUUAAUAGAAACAUAAGAGACUUCAAAACAGACAAUCUCUUGAUGACUCAGCAGUCUACUAUAAUUGAAAAAUAUAGGAAUUGAAGCAGAUAUAUGAGCUAAUUCAGCCCCUGAUUGCAUUGUUUUGAUGUACAGCAUACUGCGAGCUAAAGAGACAAAAGAGUGGGCUAGUGUGUAAUCAUUAUUCAGAAAAAUAAUAAUGAUAAUAAAAUAACUGGCAGAAACAUCAAAUGUUUUAAAUGACAGGGUUCUAAAAUUACUGUUUUGAAUGUUGCCAGCCUUGUCCUGCCUGGCAUAUUUCUAGCUGAUGUAUAACCAAUGUUAAUCCUGUGAAAUGCAGAUGUUUUUGUUAGUGUGCUGUUGCCUUCACUCUGCAGAAGUUAUUUUCAUUUUGAAGUAUGUAAUUCAUGUUAUAACUGUUUGAUUAUUUAUAUGUCUGUAGAACAAGGUGAUUGUGUUUAUUCAUCAAUGGCUUCACACUAACAACCACAUUGACCAUUUUAUUUAAAAAAUGUUUUGUGGUGUUCUAGACUAUAUAUGAAAUCACCCAAAAAAGUAUAUUCAACUGGUGUAUAACUUAUAUAACAUUAUAAGUCAUAACUGUGUUCAGUUCAAGAUCAUUAAUUUCUUGGCCUCUUAACAGAAUCUAUUAGAGUGAUACUUUGGUAUUUGUUUACAUCAUGAAGUAAUGAGUUACAAUUAAAAUUUAAAUGUAAAAUCAUGCUUGUUGGUGGAGACCUCAAGAAAGUGAAAACAAUUUGCAGUAUCAUUAAUGAAGUUUGUGUUACCAAACAUUUGCUAAAUAAAGUGAAGACAAAAAGCUGCAGUUUUGAUGUAGUUCAGUGUAGAUUUAUUCACUCUUCUCACUUGUAACUAUUGCUAGUAAUGGGUGGACAGAUUUUUGUUACCAUAUUGCUCCCGUGGUGGUGCAGUGGUAGUGUUGUCACCUCACAGCAAGAGGUUCUCCCAUUCGAUUCUCGGUUGGAGCACC